AUGGACACUACUUCCAAAUCAGACUUCCCCGUGUCCGUGUCGGCGCUGCACUUCCCCUCUGCCGAGCAGUUAUCUGUAUCCCAGACGCUAGCCUCCUUGCGACGAUCUGCACUUUCCGUCAACAACCGUCUGCGUUCCAUUGAGGCCGAUGCUGCUUUUGUCCGCGAGGUGGCUGACCACUACGGCCUCCCUCUGAUCGCCAAUGAAAGAUGCGGGAGUUGGUAUAUCCCACCUGAUAUCAAGACCGGUAGCGCCUACUUCAAGAGCACCGAUGGCCAUACCGGCCAGUGGGACUUCAGCUUUCGAAGACUAAACCUGCAGAUUCUACCAAUUGCCCGCGAGCACGGAGGUUGUAUCAUAGUGGACUCCACCCGCCGUGGGAAAUUGAUGCCUGAUGCCUUGUCCAAAACUGUACCAAUCUGGUGCGCCGUCAUCAAUCGAGCGCUGUUCCCUUCGGAGACUGCGUAUCACUCCGUUGAGUUGCCGCCAAACUAUUUAGGCGCCUCGGAAGAGUCGCAGAUUGAAAAGCGGAUUGACGGCUUCGUCCACUCACUCAAGAGUCUCAAACUUGAUUUGGAUGAUCUCAGGCAGCAGUUGGGAAAACCUAUACGAGUUGCUUGGGCCAACCGGACAUACUUUCACCCAACAGACUUGGGCAAAGGAAAAGACUAUAAUCUCUUCGUUCUUUGUUCGGCUUCCAAAAGAGUUCAUGGGGCUGAAAUAUCCGAAGGUGGGUAUAUCCAGGGUGCAGGGGACGACAGCGAAGCUUGGGCCCAUGGUCUCACACCACCCGUCUUCUGGGCUCAUAAAUCUACCCUUUUGUCACAGGCAGAGGAGAACCUACCCGAGGUAAUCGAGAACCUAACACGGGAGCACCGUGGGCAAAGGACUGGCCAGCAAGCGACACUUGUCGCUCCUACUCGAAAUCUAUAUAUCGGCCAAGCGGAUCCUAGUUUGGCUGACAGCGGUCAGUAUGACCUUGUCAUCGACUGCAAUAGCAAUGCAGAGACCACGGAAGAGAACUCGAAAUGCCUGAACCUUGGCUGUAUAUCCUCGAAACAAGGCGGCCGUGAUCUAAGAAACCAUUUGGACAAGGUUCGGGAUUUCGUCGGCUCGCAAUUGGGCUCGAACCCGUCACAGUCCCUGCUUGUUAUGUGCGAGUCUGGCAAGGAUAUUUCUGCAGGAACCUUGCUUACUAUAAUCUGCCUGUUCUAUAACGACGCCGGUGAAUUUGCCGGACCUCGAACGCAAACAAUAGGCAAACAGUUUAUCCGACAACGUCUUGCUUGGAUCGUGUCAUCAAAAUAUGACGUGAAUCCUUCACGCAGCACGCUGCAAUCGGUCAACGCGUUUCUUAUCCAACGACCGGACUAUUAA